GGCGGUGACCAGGAAAGCGGAGGAGUGGCGGCGGCGCCCCGGAGUCCGAGAUGCAGCGCUUGCUCGUUCGGCCCUUGAAAGCCUGGUUCGGGGGCCCGUGCCUCGGGCUCCUGGCGCCCCGGGCUGCGUCUCGAGCUCAGUGUGGCUGCACCCGUGGGAUCUGGCGCCCGGCGAGGCCAGGCCAGUACAGCACCGUCUCGGAAGUAUCUUUGCAGUCUGGCAGGGGCACGGUGCCUCUUCCCUACAAGGCUGCCGAGCGGGUGGUGGGCCGAUGGCUUCUGAUCUGCAGUGGCACCGUGGCUGGAGCAGUUGUCCUCGGGGGAGUAACCAGGUUGACCGAGUCUGGCCUCUCCAUGGUAGACUGGCAUUUAAUUAAGGAGAUGAAGCCACCUACAACCCAAGAGGAAUGGGAAGCCGAAUUCCAAAAAUACCAGCAAUUUCCAGAAUUUAAAAUCUUGAAUCAUGAUAUGACAUUGGCAGAGUUCAAGUUCAUCUGGUACAUGGAAUACUCGCACCGAAUGUGGGGUCGUCUGGUAGGCCUGGCAUACAUCCUGCCCGCUGCCUACUUUUGGAGAAAGGGCUGGCUCAGCCGUGGCAUGAAAGGACGUGUUCUUGCCCUCUGUGGCUUAGUCUGCUUCCAGGGUCUGUUAGGAUGGUACAUGGUGAAGAGUGGAUUAGAAGAAAAACCAGAGUCCCACGACAUCCCUCGGGUCAGUCAGUACCGUCUGGCAGCCCACUUGGGGUCGGCCCUAGUUCUUUAUUGCGCCAGCUUAUGGACCUCGCUCUCACUGCUGCUCCCGCCACUCAAGCUGCCUGAAACCCGUCAGCUUGUGCAGUUGCGACACUUUGCCCACGGGACAGCGGGCCUGGUGUUCCUCACAGCACUCUCAGGGGCUUUUGUGGCGGGGCUCGAUGCUGGGCUAGUUUACAACUCCUUCCCCAAGAUGGGCGAAUCCUGGAUUCCAGGAGAUCUCUUCACCUUCUCCCCCAUCCUGAAGAAUGUGUUUGAGAAUCCCACCAUGGUGCAGUUUGAUCACCGGAUCCUGGGAAUCUCUUCCGUCACUGCCAUCACGGUGCUCUACUUCCUCUCCCGGAGGGUCCCCCUUCCACGAAGGGCCAAGAUGGCGGCAGGAACUCUCCUGGCCUUGGGGUACACCCAGGUGGCCCUGGGCAUUAGCACUCUGCUGAUGUACGUUCCGACAGCUCUGGCGGCCACUCACCAGUCGGGCUCCUUGGCCCUCCUCAGCGUCGCCCUUUGGCUCAUGAGCGAACUCCGGAGAGUCCCAAAGUGAUUCCGAGGGGACCAGCUUCCUCAAACCAAAACUGACCCGAGAGGAGCACAGAAUUGGUGCUUGUCUAAGAAGGUGAUCCAGCAGCUUCCAAAUCGGUCAAACAUUUCAAACUGUUCUUGUUUUUGAGACUGGAUCUAGAAUGGCCUAAGUAUGGUUACACUUACGCUUGUUCAAGUAUGUUACUUUUCAUAUUGAAAAUCAGGGUAAAUGCAGAUCAAGGAAUGUCCGCCAUUUGUGGCUUCUCCAUAGGCUCCAUCCGUUUCAAGCUUCGGAAUGUUGGCAAGUUCUUGGUUCUGCAUCUUUGAUCUCUGUCCCUUUUCUGCCUCUGGAAAUCCUUUAGGAUUUUAAUUUCAUUUCCAUCAAGUGAAGGAAAAAUCAAGGGGGAGAAAUGGCAUGCUUUAGAGUAACUAGGUAGCCCCCAGAAAAAGCCAGGGUCUUCUAAUAUUCUGAUUUAUAAAUGUGGGUAGAGAUUGAUCUCCCAGUUGAUGUUAUGUGCAGCAAAAACGGUUUAUAUUUUUCUCUAAGAGGAGAUAAUUACUAGUAGCUACUUGGGUUCAUUAAGCACUAUCCUUAUUUCUCUUCUGACAGUACUGUUACAUCACUCCUUCAGAUGAAUGGAAUAAUUAGUGUAAAUAGAUUCCUGGCAGGGUUCCCUACAAUCUUUGUAAUAAAAAGCAUACAGCUUC